AUGCAAUCACUUGCACGUUUAUCUCGUACCUCUUUGGUUCAAAAGGGUCUUGUUCCACAAACCAUUAAAAACUAUUCAUCAGUUUCACAAGCUGAAAUUGAUAAUGAACCAAGAUUUUUAGAAUGUUUCAAAACUUUCUUUGAUAAAGCAGCUGGUUUAACCAAUUUAAAACCAGGUGUUUUAAAUAAUAUGAAAGAAUGUAAUGUUGCUCUCCGUGUUGAAUUCCCAAUCAAGAAUGAACAUGGUGAUGUUGAUAUUAUUGCAGGUUAUCGUGCACAACAUUCACACCAUCGUUUACCAUGCAAAGGUGGUAUUCGUUUCAGUGAAGAAGUAGAUCUCCAAGAAGUUAUGGCCUUAGCUUCAUUGAUGACUUAUAAAUGUGCUGUCGUCGAUGUUCCAUUUGGUGGUGCUAAAGGUGGUGUCCGUAUCGACCCAAAGAAAUACACUGUCGCCCAACGUGAAAAGAUCACUCGUGCCUACACUCUCCUCUUAUGUCAAAAGAAUUUCAUCGGACCAGGUGUCGAUGUACCAGCUCCAGAUAUGGGUACAGGUGAACAAGAAAUGGCAUGGAUUCGUGAUACCUAUCAAGCUUUCAACACCAACGAUGUUGAUUCAAUGGCUUGUGUCACUGGUAAACCAAUCUCAUCAGGUGGUAUUCGUGGUCGUACCGAAGCUACUGGUCUCGGUGUUUUCUAUGGUAUCCGUGAAUUCCUUUCCUACGAAGAAGUCUUAAAGAAGACUGGUUUAACUCCAGGUAUCAAAGGUAAAUCCAUUGUUAUCCAAGGUUUUGGUAAUGUAGGUUACUUUGCCGCCAAAUUCUUUGAACAAGCUGGUGCUAAAGUUAUUGCCGUCGCCGAACACAAUGGUGCCGUCUACAACGCCGAUGGUCUCAACAUUGAUGCCCUCAACAAAUAUAAACUCCAACACGGUACUUUCAUUGAUUUCCCAGGUGCCACCAACAUUGUCGACUCUGUCAAAGCCUUAGAGAUCCCAUGUGAUAUCUUAAUCCCAGCUGCCCUCGAAAAACAAAUCCACAUUGGUAACGUCGCCGAUAUUCAAGCUAAAUUAAUUGGUGAAGCUGCCAACGGUCCAAUGACCCCACGUGCUGACCAAAUCCUCCUCAAUAGAGGUCAUGUCAUCAUUCCAGAUCUCCUCUUAAAUGCUGGUGGUGUCACUGUAUCAUACUUUGAAUGGUUAAAGAAUCUUUCUCACGUUCGUUUCGGUCGUUUGAACAAGAAAUGGGAAGAAUCCUCAAAGAAAUUAUUAUUAGAAUUUGUUGAAUCAACCGUCAACAAGAAAUUAUCAGAAGCUGAAAGAAGCUUAAUCAUCCAUGGUGCUGAUGAAAUCGAUAUCGUUCGUUCAGGUCUCGAAGAUACCAUGCAAAAUGCUUGUGCUGAAACCAGAAAGACUGCAAAUGAAAAGAACACUGAUUACCGUUCUGCCGCUUUAUACAAUGCUAUCAUGAAGAUUAAAGCUGUCUAUGAAUCAUCUGGUAAUGUCUUCUCUUAA